UCUCCGACUGGACCAAUGCGGAUAUCCACAGUCUAGAGACCGGCAUCGCUGGAGUGGUGGUUCGUCUGUUUCCUCUGGAUAUAUACAUCAAGUAUUGAGAAGAAAGAAUAUCAAGAGCUAAAUGUUCUAUUUAAACCGGUAGUUGCUGCUCAGAAAAUAAAGAUGCAGACCCAGAGUCAGUGGUUUAUACGUUCUUCAUGCAAGAGCAUUAUACUGAAGGCGAGAGUAAGCUGUGUUGAUCAGUGACUGUGGUGAAGGCUGAGAAAGUUGAAGCAAAUCUGCAGGUGAUACAAACUUCAAAGGAGGCACCCUCUGUUAAAUGGAAGAUAAAGGCUACUUCAUCUAAAGUGCUUUGAGCCCCAGAGAGAGCUGUCUUCAGCACCUCACCAUGGGUCUACUUUUUGCUGCUUAGACAAGCCUGGACUUUUCUAUAACAUUGGCAUUCUAUAUUACAUGAAGAGAUUUCUAUAAAUGAAAAAAUGCCUCUGUUUAGUAAAUCACACAAAAAUCCAGCAGAAAUCGUGAAAAUUCUGAGAGACAACUUGGCUAUUUUGGAAAAACAAGACAAAAAGACAGAUAAGGCUUCAGAAGAAGUGUCAAAAUCACUGCAAGCAAUGAAAGAAAUUCUGUGUGGGACAAGUGACAAGGAGCCCCCAGUGGAAGCUGUGGCCCAGCUCUCACAGGAGCUCUACAACACCGGGCUGCUGGCGACACUCAUAGCCGACCUGCAGCUGAUAGACUUUGAGGGAAAAAAGGAUGUGACCCAGAUAUUUAACAACAUCCUGAGAAGACAGAUAGGCACUCGGAUUCCUACCGUGGAGUACAUUAGUGCUCAUCCUGACAUCCUGUUUAUGCUCCUCAAAGGCUAUGAAGUCCCACAGAUCGCCUUACGUUGUGGUAUUAUGCUGAGAGAAUGUAUUCGACAUGAACCACUUGCCAAAAUCAUCCUCUUUUCUAAUCAGUUCCAAGAUUUCUUUAAGUAUGUUGAACUGUCAACAUUUGAUAUCGCUUCAGAUGCCUUUGCUACUUUUAAGGAUUUACUAACCAGACAUAAAGUGUUGGUAGCAGACUUCUUAGAACAAAAUUAUGACACUAUUUUUGAAGACUAUGAGAAACUGCUUCAGUCUGAGAAUUAUGUGACUAAGAGACAAUCUUUGAAGUUGCUAGGUGAACUGAUCCUGGACCGGCACAACUUUGCCAUCAUGACCAAGUACAUCAGCAAGCCAGAGAACCUCAAACUGACGAUGAACCUCCUCCGGGAUAAAAGCCCCAACAUCCAGUUUGAAGCCUUUCACGUCUUUAAGGUAUUUGUGGCCAGUCCUCACAAAACACAGCCUAUUGUGGAGAUUCUUCUGAAAAACCAACCCAAACUCAUUGAGUUUCUGAGCAACUUCCAAAAGGAAAGGACCGACGAUGAGCAGUUCACCGAUGAGAAGAACUACCUGAUUAAACAGAUCCGUGACUUGAAGAAGGCGGCCCCUUAAAGCCCCACCAAGUUUCCUGCCACUGUCGCCAUCUCGUUUAUUCCGUUCGUAUGACAAGUGUCAUUUCAGAAAGUAGCCAUUCUUGGGAAGGCUGUGGAGGUGCCUGCUUUUCCUCAAUCUGUCAUUCAGGGUAGGUGGGAUAUAAUCAUUUGAAUGAAAAAAAUUAAUUUAGAAUAAUAUAUUCAUUGUAACCUGUGAUUAUUUAUAUGAAAUCAGAGCCAUUGUAUUGGGGAAUUGAUGAAAGAGCAACUUUAACACUUUCUUAAUGAAAGGCAGCAAGGCUGUGGGCUUGCAGAUGAGCCCUCAGUCACCACGAGCCACCAAGUGCUGGGAACUUGAAGGGUGGAUGUCACCCAGUCCUCAAGGAGGAUUAAAUUCUCAGAGGAGAAUUGGGAGUUGGGGCAAGAGGCACAAAACUGUUUCGCCUAUCUGCCCAUUUGCCCACAAAUUUCUUAAGGCAUUAAGAAAAUAAGAUCCAGUAUUUUCAGCCAUUCCAUAUUCUAUUCCCUGCCCACAUCUAUUAACCAUAAUCAUUCAUUCUUAGCUUCCUAGGAAACUGCUACUCUCCUUUCUGCUUAUGACCCCACAUUCCAUCUCAAUGAAUCUCUUCUGCACACCUGACUCAUGGUACACACACACACACAUACACCCUACUCUGACCAGAUUAGUAUGGAACCAACUAGGUAUAAACAGGAUGGUCUAACAAGGAUCACAGGCAUGGAGGACCCAGUGGGGUAGGACCUGCUCACUUGAAAACUUGUAACCGACGGUUAAGAACCACAACUCUAGCAAAAGUAAUUGCUGUUUCACAGACUUCUAUAGGGUUAGUGAAUAUUUGGGAUAUUUCAUUCAUACUUCUUAAUUUGGGAAAGAAGUUUUGUGGUGAAAGUGUUUUUCAGAGUAAGAAUCAUUGCAUCGAGAUGCCUAGUGUGUGUAAAACCACAGGUGCAGAGGUCACACAGGGCUUUAGACCACUUAUACAUAAGGGAACACUGCAGUUGGGAGGGCAAAUGAUUACAUGCAUGAAAUGUCCUCAAAGGACUAAAGCAAAUUUCACUCUAAUUUCUGAUCUGUCAUGGUAAUUUCACAUCAGAUUCUUCACUGAAAAGGUUUCUGUGAAAAUGUUGGUCUCAAGUACUCUCUUGCAUACUAGGAUGAUUUAGGAAUUAAUUUGUGUGUUUUAAAAUAAAGGUCACGGUUUGUUUUCAGACAUCAAGUGUACAAAAUGGAAUUUUAAAGCUAUAUUUACAAGACAUUAAAAGUACAAUUGUUAGUCUGUAUUUUUUUUUUUAAUGAUUCUUGUUUCCAGAUCAUGAAUUAGUGCCUUCCAUAGGAAUCUUCACUUUUUACAAUGUAGGGUACUAUGUUCUCGAACCAGAUAUUUCUCCAGCCAGAGAGGGGAAGAUCCCUCUCCAGGAUCCACGCUCUUGUAGAUUUAGCAUCUGAAGCAUCACCUGGCGUGGUUUCAUCCUUCUUGGCUGCGUUUAUCCUCACCCCCAGCCCCAGCGUUGAAUUCUGAAGCAGAUGCUUUUGGGUCUGCUGGAGAUUCUUGUGGCAGCACUGACCAGUGCUGGACCAUCUGAUGGCCUUCAAUCUUACAUCGCUGAGGUCAGAUUAUUUUUAUAACAUUCCCUGACAGUCCAGAGUCUCUUCGAAUCUGACUUUUCUGGUUUUGUUUGUUUAAAAGAGAUGAGUAUAAAUAUUAAAAAAAUAAAAGGAAGAAAGAAAGAAGGCGCAGCAGACUAUUGGAAAUUUAUUUCUUUGCUUAAAUACUGUCCCACACGUCAUGGGACACGUACUUUCAAGUGGAAAGCAAAGCCUUGUUAGAGUUCUUUUUUUGAUAAGUAAAACAUAUUUUAUUUCCCCUGAGCUUGAAUUAGCUCUUUCCUAGCAAACCCCCGUAAUAAAUGAAGUAGCUGGGGUUUUGCCGUGAUACAAAUUUGUAAAUUGUUAACGUGAGAAAGAGGGAGCCAAAAGCUCACAGUUAAAGUAUGUUUGCAUAAAAGCCACUGUAAAUAUUGUGAGAUUUGAGUUUCAAAAAGGUCAUAUUUAAUAAGCCAUUUCAAAAGCACACAUUUAAAUAAAGACUGACUAAAUGAAAAGGUGCCACA